GUUUAGCGAAUGUGAGUGUGCGUGUGUGUGUGCAUGUGUGUGUAUGUCUGUGCAUGGAUGUGUGUGUGUGUUCGUGCGUGCGCGGGCGCCGCUGUAUAUGAGCGGCUCGCCCUUUGAUACGGGGGGGAGAUGAGCAGCGGGGGAACUUUAGGCGGCUACUACAUCGACUCGUUGAUUAGCCAUGACGGCGAGGACUUGUACGCGGGCAGGUUCGGCACUCGGACUUCACACCCGCUGAUGAGCGACUGCUUGGAACUUCGCGUCCCCUCGACCUACUCGGCCGCGCCGAGGCCGCCCGCCUUCACCAACACGUGGGCCCCCACCGCGGGCGUCUAUCACUCCUUCUCGCGGGAGCCGCCGCACCUCGGACCCGACCCGCCGUGCUCUCGCCCCUGGCUGGAGCCGCUGCCGGCCGCCGUGUCCUGCCACGGCUUCCCCGGAGGCGGGCGGCCCUACCCGAUGAAGCCCGAGUGCCUGGCCGGCGCCGGCUCGGCGGGCGACGGGCGCUGCUUCACAGACUACCUCCACGGGUCUCCGACCGACCGAGCGGGGCAGUGCACCGGCGUACCGGAUGCAAGGCCGAGGGAAGACAAAACGCAAAUCGACCCGAGUAACCCUGCCGUCAACUGGAUACAUGCGAGGUCGACGCGGAAAAAGCGUUGCCCGUACACAAAACACCAGACGCUGGAACUAGAGAAAGAAUUCUUAUACAAUAUGUAUUUAACGAGAGACCGGCGCUAUGAAGUAGCUCGACUUCUCAAUCUGACCGAGAGGCAGGUCAAAAUAUGGUUCCAGAACCGGCGGAUGAAGAUGAAGAAACUUAAUCGCGAGAAAGCCGAGAAAACUUAACAUUUCGGUUCAUUGAUUUUUUUUUAAAAAAAAGCCACCUCGACGUGGGCUGGAAGGAAACUCAACGAACAAAAAAAAGCGUCCUUUUUCAAUCAAAAUAAAUUAAAAUAUUUCCUCCCACCCAGUCAAAACUGACGCAUUAUUCCCCUCCCCCCCCACACCCACACACCGCAUCCCCGAUAUUUGUAUAAUUUAAACAAGAUGUAAGUUUUAGUUUGAUACGAUUUUCGUUUAAUAUUGUAUAAAUUGUACUAUAAUUGUUGUACCGUGGAGUCAUGUUGUAUAGAAGGGAGUGUAGUUCUUGUUUUGUAAAAUUAUCUGGAGUAAUUUGGUUUGGUCGUGAUGUCACAUUUCGAUGGCUACAUAUUACUAUUUAAAUAUAUUUCAGACUCAAUCAGAACCUGCUUAAAUCUCUUUCUUUUUUUGAGGGAG